UAGUUUUUCAUUCAGCAGAUAUUUUGUCUUGGUUGUGUUUGUAGUAUGGUGUCGGGACCAUUUCAUAAGACAGUUUACCUCAAUUAUUCUUAAAACUCUUCUAAUGUUGAUAUUGUAGGUCAAAGAGGCAGGCUACUAAAUCCCUUUAAUUAGGUUCAAGUUUGAGAUUAGGGAUUUUAUAUUAAGGAACUGUGAAAUUAAAUUUUUAGUUUUUUAAUCUUGGAGUAACCUGUUGGAGGAAGUUGUAAAAUUGUUGGUUUUGACCUUUCCAACAUAGUACUGUUAAAGUUUCAUUGUGGAGUAAUAUAAUAUUGGAGAUAUUUUGCUAUAAAUUGAUAAAUUUUUGAAAGACCCAUUGCUGUAUUAGCGUAAAUGAAGUGGUUAAUGAAUAUUUUCUCAGGAAGGUCUGAAAUUGUGGCAUAUAUGAAUGGUUGGAUUUUGUCUUAAUAUUACUGAGAAGUGAAACUGUAUUGUCACAUGCAAAACAAGAAGUAAAGUUUUGAAAGUAUUAUUUAUUGUUAAUAGUUACAUAAGUGUAUGAUAUUGUGUAGGUUCUUUUGAUAGCAUACAACAAGAUUAAUGGCAUGUUAUUCUAAUUCUUUGUAAGGUUAGAAAAGAAAGAUCAAAUGGAGAGUGGAAUUGUCUUCAUAGUAAAGACAAUGGAAAGUUGUUGUUUAUGGAAGGAGGGAAAAGAUUCACAUGGUAUAGAUGUACUAUUACUUGAUAUUGGAUAAGAGCAGUCUUAAGAAAGGUUCAGAUGUGGAAAUGGCAAUAUGAUGAAGUGAGGGAAAAGCCAACAAAAAUUGUGCAAAUGGUCUAAGGCCUGAAGUGCUCAAGAUACAAGAGAGGGUGGAGAGAUUUCAUCCAGUGUUUAAUUCUCUAAAGGGCAAAUAUGUAAAAAGUGUAACGGAAAUUAUGAAAGAUGGUGAAACACGAAUGGAUCGUAAAAGUGCUCCAUCAGAGAUAAUAAGGAGCCACAUUAGUUUGUUGUGUUGAGGUAAAAGGUACUUUCAGACAAACCCUGUCAUGAGCUUCGGAAAUGUCAUUAAUGACAUCCUAAAAUUCUUCAUGUUUCUGAAGAUGUUAGAGUAUUUGUGUAAGAGAUAGAGAGUAAAUUAUUAUGUGAUUUAUAUCCAUAGAAUCAAAGAUUGAAAAAUAUAGCAAAGAUUAUAAAUGGUUUAAUAGAUGAACAGUAGUUAUGUCUACUAGGAGUACUUGUGUCUACUAGCAUGUCAUGUUAAAGGUGUGUAUACUUUUAGAAGUGUGUGUGUGUGUUUGUGUGUGGCCAUAUUUAAUUCUUUUCUUCUUCUUCCCUUUGUGAUGCUAGCAUUUCUAUCUCCAUGAUGUUUCCUGCAACAUGUUGUGCUCUCCCUUCCUCAUCAGUUGCCUGAACCUCCAUUUUGACAAUGGAAAAGUUAAGAUUUUUUAGGACAUUAGCCAUGAUUGACCUGCUUCAUGAGUUUAGUAUCUGUUGAAAUUUAAAUGCUAUAUGGAUAGUUCUGGCAAUCACUUUUGUAGGGAUCAUACAUUAACUUGUAGUGGGACAAGGUGUAGUAGAUGAUGAAAAAAGAUGUGUUUAGUCUCAAACUCCGAAAAAGAUUUGUCCGGGUUAAUUAAUUAAAAGGGUAUUUGAGUGGUCGAUCUGAUCUUCUUGGUUUCGGUUGUGUGAGCAGAUUUUAGUCAAAAUGGGAUCGUGAGCUUGUAGGUUUGGUUUGUGGAGCAGAGAUUUCAUUUGUUUUAAGUAGCCUGCAAAAAACCUAAUUUAAGUCUAGUUGCAUCGUAGGAAGUACAUAUUGUGCAAGUCUGGAAAUUAUUUAUACUAAAACUGCUAUUUUCAGGCUUAAAAGGGCUCUGCAAAGUAUUGGCUAUUUUAAAGAUUUUGGAUGUGAUGUUUCUGCAUAAACAAAAAACUUUCCAAGCUGUAGUGAAGCCUAGGCACCAGAGGAGAAAGUGUUAUCAUCAUCAACAUCCUCCUCAUCCUCACCUUUAGACUCGUCACUUCAAGGCAAAACAAGUUACAAUGCCGGGUUCUGACUCAGGUUCACCAUAUUUGGUGAUGAACAGUGUAGAUGCAUCAGCUUUACGGGGAUGGCGUGUGGCGUUGGCUGGGGGACAACAGCUUGUUAUGAACAGUGUUGGUGCAUCAGGGUUAGCAGGAGUUGCUGGAGGUGGAGGAGCUGUUGACCCUCUUGGAGAUGAUACGGGGGGUGGGGGAGGAUCUGGUGAUGCUGUUACCAAUAAUCUCGGAACAAGUGACGACGAUGAUGAUGAUGUCCCAUCAUCCACUGGUAGUUUUGAUGAUGAUGACAGUUCUCUUCCAGGAGUUGAUGACGUGACCGCCCAGUUAGCGGCGGCAGGUGGGUGGUCAGGUCCGGUUGGGGUUGCUGCUGCAGCAGCCAUUGCAUCGGCGAAAAAACGCAAGCGUCAUCAUAGUUUUGAAUUAAAUCCUUCCAUACGCAAAAGACAACAGACAAGACUCCUGAGAAAGUUAAAGGCAACGAUUGAUGAAUAUGCAACAAGAGUUGGGCAGCAAGCUGUUGUUGUUGUUGCUACCCCCAGCAAGUCUGGAAAUAAUUUUAAAUGUUUUGGUGCAAAACCUUUGGAAGAUGUUAUGAAAACACUUAGACAGAUGUUAAUGACAGAGUUGGAAAAUGCGUUGGCCCAACAAGCACCUCCCCCACCUCAGGAUGACCCGUCUCUCCACGAAUUGCCACCUCUUGUCAUAGAUGGCAUACCCACUCCUGUCGAAAAAAUGACACAGGCUCAAUUAAGAGCUUUUAUACCGUUAAUGUUAAAAUAUUCUACAGGGAGAGGGAAACCAGGGUGGGGUAAAGAAUCAACGAGACCGCCUUGGUGGCCGAAAGAUGUACCUUGGGCAAAUGUAAGAAUGGAUGCAAGAUCUGAGGACCAAAAACAAAAGGUCUCAUGGACAACUGCACUCCGUCAGAUUGUUGUAAAUUGUUAUAAAUACCAUGGGCGUGAUGACUUGUUACCUGCGUUUAAUGAAGAAGAUGAAAAAAGUCAAAGGCUGGACAGGAUAUGCUUACACGGGGUUGGAGCACAGGGUAAUGCUACAUAUUCAGGUCCAGUGGUCCAAACUAUUAGUAACCCUGAUGGUACGGUCUCCAUAGUUCAAGUCGAUCCCAAUAACCCUGUUAUUCAAUUACCUGAUGGUACAACUGCACAUGUCCAAGGAAUUGCUCAUAUCACAACACAGAAUGGGGAAUCGUUGGAUGGAGAGAAUGGCUCUGUGAAUAUAGACCUCAACCAUAGCAGAAGAAGCCUGAGUCACGAAGGGACCAUCAUACUUACCGGAGAAGAUGGAUCUCAAAUUCCUGUUAAUGUGUCAGGUUCAUAUCCUGUAUCAGGAAUGAUUACUGUACCGUUACCUGUCUACCAAACUGUAGUAGCCAAUAUCCAAGGUGCAGAUGGACAGCCACUGCAGGUUGUUACGCCAAUAGUGCAAGUUCCAAAAAUUGAACCGGGGCUUGAAAAUGUGGAGGUUUCAGCGGGUCUCAAUGCGUCGUUAGAUGCUUCGACAAUCAUCUCUUCUGGAGGAGGACCUGUGCAGAGGAUGAAACCUAUUCAUAUGGAACAAGCCCACAGGAGCCAUACACUUGAAAUGCAAGCUUCCAAAGAAAUGGUGUUCAUUACAAAGAAGGAACUGGAGGAUGAUGAUGAUGAUGGAAGUGUAGACAUGGUGGAUAAAGAAUGAGGCGGCUUUGGUCUUAUGACACUGGGUGACCGUGAUUCCUUCUGAACUUCAGUAAUGGUUGGUCUUGCUGUUUCCCAUUCAUGUUUGUCUUUCUGCCUAUCUCAGCUUUUCACCAAAGAAUUAGAGUGUGAUAUCUGGAAUACAAAGUUAUAUAAGUGGGUUAUUAUCAUUUUUCCUCUCUUCGUUUGAAAGUCGAGAGUCAGAAUGAUCCAGCUGGUUCUUGAUUACCCCCAACUAUUGCUUGUAGUUGACUUUUCUUUCCAGAUUUUGCUCCUCUGAGCAGAAUGAAACCAUACUGAUAUGGAGACUUGAGCUGCAGCCACUAAAUGUCAUUAUAAUAAUCAUCUUCAUCAUCAUCAUAAUCAUUAUCUCCAUAUCGAUAGCAGUUUGUUUUCCUUACCCAGGGAGAUGAAAAUUAUUUUCGUAGAUAUUUGAAAUGGUUUGCACUGGUCAGUGAAGUGCCCAGAAAGUUUUAAUAUCUCCUACACAAUUUAAAAGGUUAUUGGUGUGGUUUACAUUCUGCUGAAUCCUCAAGAAUUAUGUCUUAUGACAAGGAAAGAAUGAUAUAUUCUAUAUUUGCUUCCUGUAUAGGAUGAUAUAUGAAAGAGAGUAAAAUUUAACUUUAUUCAAAAGCAGGUGUUAUUUUUCCUCUAUUUCUGUCAGUGAAGUUCUUAAACAUACAAUAGGUAGUGUGCCCAUCUUCACUGGUAGUAAAAAAUGUACUUCAGAUACAAGGAAUACAGUGUUAUUUUCCAAAGCAACACGAAUACUUUGCCAAAGAAGAGAGAAAUCCAUAGAGAUUACAUACUUAUGCCUAGUGUCAGCUUUUUUGUACCGUAUUUGAUAAAAGGCUACGCUACACAAAAAUAUUAUACCCGACUCAAAAGGGUAUAAAAUACUAUACAAGUUAUGCUGUUGUUGGUCAUUACUGGAAAGAAAUUUUUGCCCAAGGGCAAGUAAAACAUGACUUCUAAGGGCUGCAUAUUAUAGUUGGUUAAUGUAGGGUAUGUAGUAAAAGUACUUAGUAUAUGAACAUAAUAUAAAUUCAUGUAUAUAUCUUUAUACCUUGGAGCUCUACCCUUAGGUGCUGGAAACAGCAGUAAAUAUUGUGAGGAAGGGUUGACAUUUAUUAUGACAGACCAAGGAAAAAGAAAGGCACUUUAAUUGAAAGGGGCAUAAAUGGAGCAUGUAAUUGUUGUCAACAACAUACGUAAACAGAUAAAAAUGUAAUAUCAAAGAAUUUUAUGUCAUGGUUAAGUUGAUGAAUUAAUAAAAGUCAUUAUCUCACCACUACCACCAAAAGAAUGAUCUUUUUGAUGCAAUUUUUAGUUUUCUAGUCAUUUAAAUUGCUUUUUGAAUGAGUACUGAAUUAAAUUAUGUGGGCAUUUUGGUGUUUAUUGUUGUCAUUAUUGAAUGUAGACACAGUUGAAAGCAAAAUAGUUUUACAUGCUCAGCUAUCACUUGGUUAUGGAGAAUGUAAAAAUAAUACGUAAUUACAGUUAAACAUAUUUUAUAUGAUGUGUAGUUUUCAACCUACAGUAAAUAUAAAGUUUGUAAACAAAUCUUUGAACGAAAUUUGGUCAAUUCUGCACGGUUUUUAGUUAAUUAGUGUCAGAUUUGUAAGUUGUAAUUUAGUGAAGAUCUAAUAUAUUUAAGAAAAAACUCUUCAGCCAAGGCCUGAGAGAUUUUUAACUUUGUUAAAAUCUAAAUAAGAAUGUAUUGUUCAAGUAUAAAUAAUAAUGUAUAGUACACAGAAUGUGUUUAUCCAGUUUUCAUAAAUAUGGUCGUGAUGAAUUGUUUUUUAUGAAUAUUGGAAAGCAUAUGUAGAACAUCUUCAUAAUUAUCUGGCAAAGUAUUUACAUUUUCUGUGGAAUUAACUUGGUAUAACUUGGAAUUGCUGUACAUUUAUAUUAUGUAAUGUAGGAAGGCAUAAAUAACUAUUGUGUGUGUUUUCCCUUUCCAAAGGUAUUUUUUCUUUUCUUUAUUCAUCUUUGCCCUGUGGCUCAAACUCCAUUAUAUCACAGAUUGUUAAUCAAGUCUGUUAAGGGUAACAGCUUUACUGUUGAACUAUUCAGCCAAUAAUAGAUCAGAGAAGCACUCGUUAUUAUUUUUGAAAUGCAUCAUUGAUGUACCAUGAGUGUUUCUAUAAUUUAAGAUAUAAGUGUAUCCUCUCAUGUCAUGUAUUUAUUUCCCUCCUUUUCCUUAUGGUGGAUGUAAUAUAGUUUGCUUGGUAUAUGUCAUGUGUAAUAUAGGAGUUGCUCAAUGUUGUGCAUGUCAGAUGCAACAGUGUGUAUUGUAAGGAGUUCUUUUGGUAGACACAGUAAGAAAAUAUUUUACCAUUGGUUCUAUUUAGUUCUAGUUAAAUUACAUUGCCUCUUUUCAGCCUGUCUGGUAUUGGUAAUGAUUAUGUUGCAUACUUUUGAAUUCAAAAUAUAAUAUUAAACCUGAAAGUGAAUGGUAUCCUCCCAGAUGUUAGUAGUCAAAUAGUAAAAAUGUUUCAUAUAAUUUGAUUUCUGUAAUUACCCCUACAUAAUGCUGAGUUAAGUUCUUUCAGAUUAGUUGUAGAGAGAGGAAACUUUUAAACAAAAAUAAUACUACAGGCCUCAUACUACACAUCUCAUUUUGAUUUAGUGUCUAUAACAUAUAAUACUAUAUCUUUGAUAAAAACCUGUCCAACAUCCAUGUAGUAAUAUAAAAACUUUUACUUUUAUCAAGCCUGUCCAGCAUCCACUGUAUAUUAAUUUGUAGCAUUAUCAGUAGUGAGAAUGGUCAUAAUUUGGGGUUUCAUUUGACUAUGAAAAUCAGUAGUCUUGGAAUAACUUGUAGAUUUUAAUUUAUAUUGUUCAAAAUAGACUUUAGGACACUCAAAAUUAGGCAAUGAGGUUUUUAUGCAAUUACAUUUCUUCUUUUAAGUAAGGGGCAGUGUGUUUGUUUCCUAAGCUUGAUAAAAUUACUCAGCACAAUUAUUUUGCAAUUAUACUACCAAAAGAUCUCUUGAGCGUGAAACUCCUUGUUUUUAAGAAAAAUUACAAACGUAGAGGCUUGGGUGUUAUGUUCUAGAAUUCAACAGUGGCCUCCUUUAUUGAUAAAGACAGGUGAAUUGGUUAUUAUAUACUUUUGUUACUGGAACACCUUCAACAAUUAGAUUUUUAUUUAAGAGGUAGUGUAUUCCACAUUUCUUGGUGCUGAAUUUUUUAUUUUUCACUAGUCGUGUUUUUUGUAACUUUUGUACUUACUUGAAGUGUUAUGCAUAAAUGUUGUAAAUACCUGUAUCAGAAUUUUGAAAUUUCAUAAAGUAGUAGUUCAUAAACCUGAUUCAAUACCCAGUUAUUCGACAGAUAAAAGAAAAACUAGCUCCGAAACCACAAGGUAGUUGGAAUUUUGUUACCAUGUCAAAACAGAUUGCCUCACAUUUUGGUGGGUAUAAAAAAUUUUGGGAAAAAUAUCCUUUCCCUUCUCUUUUGUACUUGUUACUUUGGUAGUUAUGAUGUACUAUGUAGAAUAUAACCAGAGAAAUAGAGUCCAUAGAUAUUGAAGAUUUUCAUAGUAUUUUGGUAUUAUCUGUAUGUAGCAUGCAAGGGGCAUUAAUUGAAUUACAGAUUGCUUUAAAUUAUGUUACUGACAGUUACUUUCUCAUUAAAUAGAUAUUACAAGAAGAUUGUGCUGUUGGGGUCUAAGGUUUGAAACCAGACCUUUAGUAUGCUUGUUGUCCAGUUAGUUACAGAGAGUACCACAUUUGGAGGAGCACCAAUUCAUCUGAGCUUAGAAAUUGACAUUCAUUCCCUAAUUGUUAGUAUUGCAUUUAUGCGCAGUAUCCUUGUGAGAAAAAUCAUGCCCUUUUAAACAAGUUUUUAUGACACAGCAAAUGCAACAAAAUAGGUUUCCUUACAUUAAAUUAUACAUAAACACUUCUAAAAGAAAUGUGUUUCAGGGAUUUCUUUCAAACCACAAGUGGUAAAAAAUGGUAAUGGAGUUGAUUUUCAGUAUUUUAAAAGUACACCUCUAAAAGGCCACUGUCCAGUCACUAUUAAUCUCUAGAAAUAGCAAUCAUGGCUGUGAUAACUAGUUUAGUGUUGGGCCAGUAUGGUGCCACAGGAUUAGGUGGAAUGACAGCAGCCUGGGUGUGGGCAUCUGUAAAUAAACUUGUCGGUGAAAGGAUUGUUUUGAUCGUGUUAAAUAGGGCUAGUGCAUCAGCUGCCUUCAGAGGGAAGGUUUUGAGUGACUGGUUAUCCUACUGAAUAAGGAAGAGGUACUACAUGUUGUCAGAAAUUGAUUAAGAACAUUUUUGAUUAAUUCAUAAAAAUAUGCAUUCAAACUAAAUGAUAUUAUGCAUGUUUUUUUUUAUUUGAUGGAUGUGUAUGAAUACUAUACGUUUAUAUGAUUUUACCAUUAUUGCAUCAGUGUACAGUAACAAAGUAUAGUACUGUAAAUUUUGAAGUAUUUUAUUAAAUAUUUUGAUGUUUCAAUGAAAGCACUUUGUAUAGUAUACGACGUAGCAGAGUAGUGUUGUUUUGAUUGCAUCUGCCGUUGUAGACUUAAUGUUCCUUGCAAAGGAAGUGUAGCAGUCGUUGGAAGACAAAGUCUGACUUUGGUUUGUACACCAUAAAACUUUGGUGUUAGUGAAACUUGUGUGAUAUGUGUUAAAUUAAGAAAAUUGAACAUACUUGAAAAGUAACAGUAGGAUUAUAUUUUCUUGUAUGAACAUGUAGAGUAUUGUAAUGAUUGUAUAUUGAUCAUGUAGGGGCAAUUAAACUCAGAGGUUGAAUAUCCAGGGAAGAUUUGAAAAGGCAUUAAGAAUAGAACAUGGGCUUUGGCUGUUUGCCAAAAUGUAGGAUGUGCUUAAAGAGAGGGAAUGCAGAUGGUCAUUUACCCUUGGACUGAAUUUUAUUGUAUUGUGAUGAUUUCGAUACUAGUCGACUGUGGCAUACCCUGGCUAACUAUAAAUGAAAAAGAAGACUAAUCAGUACUUUACAGAUUGUGGAGCAUUGAAUAUAUGAUAACUCCAUUUGAUGUUAUGUGUUAGUCAUCUUUCGGGUGAGAGCGCUGAUCUCGCAAAAGUCGUGGGACACAGCAAUCUCAAGCAUCAUUAACCAGAGAACAUACAAAAAUUUUAUGGAAAAAUUAAGUGGUCCUAUCUUGCUUCAUCUUUGGAUCCCUUCUUGUGAGGACUUGAGCAGUUAGAUUUUGUUGUUUGGAGUUUUCUGAUGAAUCUGUGUGUGUUCUUGUAGUUCUGAUGCCAAUUUUGCAGUGUUCCAUGUCGUAAUGUAGGUAUAGUAAAACAUUAUGGUACAAAGGGAAGACACAUGGGAUUUAACCCAAUGUCACCUGGCGCUUUAUUUUUAUUGUUUCUGACUUAUCAACAUUUGAAGGUGUUAAAUGUUUGACAGAAGAACUGCUGUUUUAUAACCGUAAAAUUUUUGGCUUGAAAACUUGGAUUGCAAUUUUUUUUUACCUCCUGUACAUCCAAUUUGUAAUGGUUUCUAAGAUUAAUGUAAAUUUGUAAAUUUAGUACUUGAAGUGAUCAGAACAUAGGAAAUGUUUAAAAGAAAAAAAAAAAAAACCUGCUUGUAACAGUAUGUAACAGCUAUCAUGCCUUGGAGUAUGUGAUCUUGUGAGGAAUUUUAUUGCAAUUUUCAAGUACUUGAGGCACAAAGGAAAUAUGCGACUGUGAAAUUAAAUUAACAAGAAAAUCAACGUAGUGCAGUACUAUCAGUAUUUUGAUAGUGCUUUUAUAAGAGAAUGCUAAAUUGAUUUUUGCAGAAAGCCAGACUCCAUGAAGUGAUUGUGUCAAUUAAUUUCUAUGGUUUUCUUGAGUGGAGGAAAAGUUUUUGUCUAAUAUACUUUUGGAAGAUUACUUAAUAUUCAUACUUGAACAGUCAACAUAAAUGGCAAGGCAUGCACCUUAACAGUGAAGAAUUUAACAAGCAUCAAACUGUUGAACCAGACUGAGUUUCUAAAAGUACUCUGGAGUUUUGGAAUUUGAGAGAUUUUUAAGUGAAUAUAAUUUCCCUUGUAAUUCAGCUUCUUUUAACAGUCGUGUAGAUAGUAAUUUUAAAAUGGAAAUAAAAGCUGGAAAUGUUUUCUGUGGUAUGUUUAAUGACAGAUAAUUUUUUGAUCAAUUUUGACUGUGCUUGGAAGUGGAUUCAGAUUCACUUGCUUUUUAUUAUGAUGAAAUACAUACUCAAUGCAGAUUGCAUUGUAGAUAUUUUGCUCAGGAUAGCAAUUUUCUUAUUUUUACAAGUCUUUGUAUUAACUUUGAAAGUCAUGUUCAGGGUCUUAUAAUUGAAGGAAUAUUUUUAUCUUCAUCAAUAAUACAUAAAGCACUUUAAUUGCAGUCAUUGUCAGUUCCUUAAUGUUUUAUGGAGAUUAUGCAGAAGUAAUGUACAGUAAUAUCUUCAUGUAUUUUACAUCUUAGUUCACCAUUGUUUAAUUUUCAAAUGUACGCCAGGAAUCACAAGUGUGUGACUUGAAUCUUUACUUUUAAAAGGGCUCACUUAUGUCUUAUAAAAUAUAUUUUAUAAGUACUACUAUAUACUAGUUGCUUUCAGCCAGCUGAGCAGUAAACCUCUUGAGUUGAAGUUCACUGCUUUAGGUGAAUGUUAUUGUAUAAUUAUAAAAUGUACCUCAUAAGACUUAGUUGUGGGUUUUUUAUUUUUCCUAAAAUUUAAAACUGUUUAGUGGCAUUUUGAAAUUUGUGAAUAAAAAUGGGUGUCAGUCAAGAAAAUGAGUUUUGAAUAGACAAGUUGCCAAAAUGGACUGUUACCCUUCUCGAAAUCAAUUCAACAGAUAUUUAGUGGACUUUGUAUGCUGUUAUUUUACAAUAUGGUGAACUCGAGGUUAUAUUUUUAUAUGCAGAUUUUGCAGUUCAUUUGUUGUGCAGUAGUCUUUGAGCCCCUCAUAAUUGUUAAUGAUACUUUUUUUUUUCCCACUCCUGUCAUUUCUGUUGAGUAGAUCUCUCUUGUUGGCAUUGUUUAACUGUAUGAAUUAAAUUAUUUUAAUUUAUUACUUGCUGUGUUGUGGCUUUUAUUGUUGCCUGUGUUCUUACAUUCCCCU